CGAGAUGGAGAUACCUUUGGACCUCUAUUUCUAACAUUGAUUUUGAUCAGUAUAGUGCUGGGUACAUGUCGGGGAUGAAGGAAAACAUUGAGACUAGCUUCUUGGAUUCCAUGGAACGAGUACUUAAGGAUCAUGAUCCCACAUGUAUACGAAAACUUAGUUUGGUGGCAAGGUGUAUGGGUAUCAGUUCAUCUCGUAUUAAUUCUUGGGUAUCUUUAGCAUUAAGUCGUGAGGUUCAAGAGCUCCAUCUCGAUAUAUCUUCUGAAACACCCUUUGUGUGGCCCAAUGGUCUUUUCACUGCUGAAUCACUUAGAAUACUGAAAUUACGGAUAUAUUCAAUUUUCAAUGUUCCUAGUUUCGUACACUUUUCCAACCUUAAGACCUUACACCUUAGAGAACUAGCAUUUCCGGUUGAUGAAUCCACCAAUCAAUUUUUCGCUGGUUGUACAGUUUUACAAGAGCUGGUUUUAUUGAACUGUGCAUGGAAGCAUUCUAAGAGAGUCACCCUUUCAAUUCCCACUCUAAGGGAAUUUAAGUUUUUGGAAGAUAGCUAUUACUCGGACUAUAAUCUUGUCCUUGAUUGUGUGGUCAUGAUUUAUGCUGAAAAUCUUAUGUCACUUGAUGUCAAGGGUUAUUUGACUGUGGAAGUCUCUCUGUGUAACUUAGCUUCACUAGUCAAUGCGCGUAUUAAUGUGUUAGACUGUGGCAUGGAGAAAGACAAUGGUACUCAACGAGCUUUCAAAUUAAUAAAUGGAAUUCGCAAUGUAAAAUCUCUUGCUUUGUCGGGUGUUACUAUUGAGGUAAAUCACCAUUUCUUGAACAACUAUUUGUUGAACCUUUUGUUGUUUAUUAUGUUCAAUUCUUUAAUCUGA